AUGAGGAGGGUUGUUGUGUUUGUCACGUGCGUCUCACUUCUUUACCUCUUCAUGGCUGUCGACCACAGCGGGGGCCUUCAGGAGCAGCUCCCUCCCCCGGACCCCGUGGUGCGUCGCAGUGGCGUUGUUGAAGAGAAGUUCCCACUUAGGCAGGGGAACGCCACCUGCGCUGCGGCUUCCUCCGGUCUCUUCUCCCGCGUUGGUGCUUCGCGCGCCUGCCUGUUGGCCGAUGCCAAUGCCAUGGUUGACCUCAGCGUGCGGCGAGUGUUCAACAAAACCCUGUGCCCGGUGGAGCCUGUGGAGAGGGAUAACCCUAAAUUUGUGGAGUUCCUUGCGUUUUUCACCAGGGUAUUCAAGGCAAAGUAUAACAACAUCCCAUGGUGGCUAGAUGAAGGCAGUCUUAUUGGCGUGGGAAGAGCAGGCGCCAUUGUGGACGCCGAUGACGACUUUGACUUUUUCGUUCUCCUACCAAACUCCACAGCGCCUUGCAGGCCGGGGUCCCUGGAAUGCACACGGGAGGAGUUCAACGUGGCUAUUCACCGCUUCCUCUUGCCUCUCUGGGUGGCGGGUGCGUGCAUCCGCCGGUUUAACCCUGACAUUGCCAAGUUUGACUCCGAUCGCCGUUUGCUGUAUACGCUUCAGCUUCGCAAACUGAAUGAUACGCGCGACCCACUGCAAUGCUUCAACCCCAGAGCACCGUUUGCUCACAUGCAUCUUGGCAUGUUGAAUGUCGAUGGGGAGCUUGAAACAAAUAAGUGGGUGGGUCCCAAUUCCCAUCCAAAGGAUAAGUUGCCAUUAAACUUGAUUCUGCCUGUGCGCCGCUGCCGCCUGGGUGCGGGUGAUGCGCCAUGCCCAUUUGACAUUGUGGGGUAUUUGACGCUGCGGAAUAGGGGCGAAUACGUGCGCAAUUCCAAGGAUGGCGUCUGUCUACUGGUGAAGAAGAAAUGGAACAGAGUGCGGAAAAUCGACCAGGUCAAGAAGGUGCAACUCCUUCACGACUGUGGGUAUAACAGUAUGAUUAGUUUGAAGCAGCGUUUUAUCGAAUCCGAUUACGGUACGUGUUGA